GGGAAGCCCGGGCCUGCCCCGCACAAAGGGCCCGCCCCGCACCGCGGUUCCGUGGGCGGGAAGGGCCCCGCGCAGGGCCCGGUGUUCCGGGACAGCGCCUGCCCGCGGCUUCUGCCCCUGCCGUGCCCUGGGGAGGGCGAUCCCGGCGGGCGGGGGUCCCUCCGCCCUUCCCUCUUGGAUCGGGAGCGGCUGAGGCGCAUCGCGGCCGUGCCCGCGGAUCUCGGGCGCCGCAGGCAGGGGCCGAGCCCCGCGAGUUUCCUCCCGCCGAGCGGCGGCCCCAGGGCAGCGAAGCCUCGAGAGUUUCCCUACGGUCUCUACGUCCUGUGGGAACCUCUCUCUCUUCAAUCGCUGCUGGUAUAUUGGGGACAUCAUGAAUUGGAAUAAAGGUGGACCUGGUACAAAGAGAGGCUUUGGGUUUGGUGGAUUUGCCAUAACACCUGGCAAGAAAGAGGAGCCCAAGCUGUCUCAGCAGUCCCACAGUGCUUUUGGCACCGCUGGGUCCUCGGCAGCAUUUGCAAAAUCAGGGCCUCCUCAGUUGCCUUCCUUCUACAAAAUUGGGUCAAAGAGAGCCAAUUUUGAUGAGGAGAAUGCGUACUUUGAGGAUGAGGAGGAAGAUUCCAGCAAUGUGGAAUUGCCCUACAUUCCUGCAGAGAAUUCCCCCACUCGGCAGCAGUUCCAUUCCAAGUCGGCAGACUCUGACAGCGAUGAUGAUCCUCUGGAGGCAUUCAUGGCUGAAGUGGAGGAUCAAGCUGCUCGAGACAUGAAGAGACUUGAAGAUAAAGACAAAGAAAAAAAGAACGUUAAGGGUAUUCGAGAUGACAUUGAAGAGGAAGAUGACCAAGAAGCGUAUUUUCGCUACAUGGCUGAGAACCCCACUGCUGGUGUGGUGCAAGAGGAGGAAGAGGAUAACCUGGAGUAUGAUAGUGAUGGGAAUCCGAUUGCACCGUCCAAAAAAAUCAUUGAUCCUCUUCCACCUAUUGACCAUUCGGAGAUUGAAUACCCACCGUUUGAGAAAAACUUCUAUGAUGAGCAUGAGGAGAUCACCAGCCUGACCCCUCAGCAGGUGGUGGAGUUACGGCAUAAGCUGAAUCUCCGGGUCUCCGGGGCUGCUCCUCCAAGGCCUGGCAGUAGUUUUGCUCAUUUUGGGUUUGAUGAGCAACUUAUGCACCAGAUUAGGAAAUCUGAAUAUACCCAACCCACUCCAAUACAAUGUCAGGGUGUUCCAGUGGCACUAAGUGGCAGAGACAUGAUUGGGAUAGCCAAGACUGGAAGUGGGAAAACAGCUGCCUUCAUCUGGCCAAUGCUGAUCCACAUCAUGGAUCAGAAGGAGCUGGAGCCAGGGGAUGGUCCCAUUGCAGUGAUCGUCUGCCCGACCAGGGAGCUGUGCCAGCAGAUCCACUCCGAGUGCAAGCGCUUUGGCAAGGCCUAUAACCUGCGCUCCGUGGCCGUGUACGGAGGAGGGAGCAUGUGGGAGCAAGCCAAGGCCCUGCAGGAGGGGGCAGAGAUCGUGGUCUGCACACCAGGUCGUUUGAUUGAUCAUGUGAAAAAGAAAGCUACAAACCUGCAGAGAGUCACUUACCUUGUGUUUGAUGAAGCUGACAGAAUGUUUGAUAUGGGGUUUGAGUAUCAGGUCAGAUCAAUUGCAAGCCACGUACGUCCUGACAGACAGACCCUCUUGUUCAGUGCCACGUUCCGUAAGAAGAUUGAGAAAUUGGCCCGGGAUAUUCUGAUCGACCCAAUUCGGGUUGUGCAAGGAGACAUUGGAGAGGCAAAUGAAGAUGUCACUCAGAUUGUGGAGAUUUUCCCCUCUGGGCCCAGCAAGUGGAACUGGCUGACGCGGCGCCUUGUGGAGUUCACAUCCUCCGGGAGCGUCCUCCUCUUUGUCACCAAGAAAGCCAACGCAGAGGAACUGGCCAAUAACCUCAAGCAGGAGGAUCAUAACCUGGGGCUGCUUCAUGGAGACAUGGACCAGAGUGAGAGGAAUAAAGUCAUUUCGGAAUUUAAGAAAAAGGGGAUCCCCAUCCUGGUAGCUACUGAUGUGGCAGCUCGAGGGUUGGAUAUCCCUUCCAUCAAGACUGUCAUCAACUACGACGUGGCUCGGGACAUAGACACCCACACGCAUCGCAUCGGCCGCACCGGCCGUGCGGGGGAGAAGGGAGUGGCCUAUACCCUGCUGACCCCCAAGGACAGCAACUUCGCUGGGGACCUUGUCAGAAACCUGGAGGGUGCCAACCAGCACGUUUCCAAAGAGCUGCUGGAUUUGGCAAUGCAGAAUCCGUGGUUCCGGAAAUCCCGAUUUAAAGGAGGGAAGGGCAAGAAGCUGAAUAUUGGUGGUGGUGGCUUGGGAUACCGUGAACGCCCCGGGCUGGGUUCAGAAAAUACUGACCGUGGAAACAACAACAGUGUGAUGAGCAACUACGAGGCCUACAAGCCAUCCACAGGGGCCAUGGGGGACAGGCUGACAGCAAUGAAAGCAGCUUUCCAGUCCCAGUACAAGAGUCACUUUGUUGCUGCAAGUUUAAAUAACCAAAAGACUGGGAGCUCUGCUGCUGGUGCCAGUGGCUGGACCAGCGCCGGGAGCCUGAACUCGGUCCCGACGAGUUCAGCGCAGCAAAGUGCCGCCGGUCCCGAGAGCCCCGCGGCACCAAAGGGAGUCCCGGGUUUCCCCAGCACGGGCAGCCUGAACAGCAGCCCCACCUUCCCCAGCGCGGGAGCGCCGGCCUUCAACAGCGCAAACGCCGGCACCAGCGGUCGCGAGGGCAGCGGUGGCACCGUCAGAGAACGGUACAACGACACCCGGAACAGCCGGCACAGCGAGGCCCCGCGGCGCGGGGACGGCGCUGGCCGAGGGGAGGGCGCUGGUCGCUACAACGAUGGCCAGCGUUCCAGUGAUGGCCAGCGGUACGGUGAUCCCCAGCGCCACGGUGAUCCCCAGCGCCACGGUGAUCCCCAGCGCCACAGUGAUCCCCAGCGCCACGGUGAUCCCCAGCGCCACAGUGAUCCCCAGCGCUACGGUGGUGAUCCCCAGCGCCACAACGAUCCCCAGCGCUACGGUGGUGAUCCCCAGCGCUACGGUGGUGAUCCCCAGCGUUACGGUGAUGGCCAGCGUUAUGGUGGUGAUGGCCAGCGCUACAAUGAUCCCCAGCGCUACAAUGAUGCCCAGCGUUACGGUGGUGAUCCCCAGCGUUAUGGUGGUGAUGGCCAGCGCCACAACGAUCCCCAGCGUUGCGGUGAUGCCCAACGUUAUGGUGAUGCCCAACGUUACGGUGAUGAUGCCCAACGUUACAGUGAUGCCCAACGUUAUGGUGAUGAUGCCCAACGUUACGGUGAUGGCCAGCGUUACGGUGAUGGCCAGCGUUACGGUGAUGGCCAGCGUUAUGGUGAUGGCCAGCGUUACGGUGGUGAUGGCCAGCGUUACGGUGGUGAUGGCCAGCGUUACGGUGAUGAUGCCCAGCGUUACGGUGAUGGCCAGCGUUACGGUGAUGCCCAGCGUUGUGGUGAUGGCCAGCGUGACAGCGGCGGCAGCUCCCGGCACGGUGACCCCUCCCGGCACGGUGACCCCUCCCGGCACGGUGACGUCCAGCGCCACGGCGAGGGCCGGCACUUCAGCGACCUGCCGGGCGGCAACCGCAACAACGGUGACAGCAGGACCAGCGAGGGUAGGAACAGCGAGAGCAGGAAUGGAGAGAACAGGAGAGAGGCCAACAGCCGAGACAACAAGACAGAUGGUUUUGCUGUCCCAGAGCCCCCAAAACGGAAGAAGAGCCGGUGGGACAGUUAAAAGCUGGGGGUUCACAGCCUGGAAUCUCUGCAGAUAGUGUUGUCUUUUUCCAGGGUUUUUAGUAACUGGUUGAGCAGCUGGGGCCGGAGAAGGAAAGCAUGAGAGCCCCCAUGCAAGUUCAUCUGCGGACAGAUGCACCCAAACGAAAUGUACACAACACUUAGUGAAAGAAAUCAUUUUGAUAAAGCUCCCUGGGUUCUGCUUUGAAACAUUCAGUGCUUGAGUGACUCUGCUGGAUUUAAACAGAUCUUCUUGACAAAAAAGCUGUUCCACAUCCUUGGAACGUUAAGAAACUGUUGUCCAUAGAAAUAUAAAUUAGUCUUUUCUUAACCAGCGUUCACAUUUACAAACCAGUCCAGUCCACCUAGAGAUGCUCAGGACCUGUUAGACAGUAAUCUUGCAGCAGUUUGGUCAGUAUGGUGAGUUCUUCCCCCACCUCCUUUUAACAUACUGUCCCCAAAUAAUUUGGCCUCCAGGUUACCCCUUACCUCUUUCCCCAUCAACUAAGAAUGUAUUAAUUUGCUUCGGUGAGGGUGGGGCAGAGCAAGUUGGUUUUUGGUGGUUUGGCCUUUUAUUUUGUUUUUUGUGGGUUGGUUUACUUUGGUUUUUUUGUUUUUGUUUGUUUUUGUUUUUAUGUGUGUGUGUGUGUGUGUGUGUGUGUGUGUGUAGCUGUUCAAGGGAUUCUUCUCCAUCCCACCAAACCACAAAUUCAGUUGUAGUGUAGGUUGGACUCCCUGGCUUGUUUGUGGUCAGUACUUCAAUUCCAAUCCCGUUGCCCAGAUAUUUUAUUUCUUAUGAAGAACCUCCUGUUUUCUAAUAUCCCACAUUCUGGUGGAAGCCUGCAUAGCAAACCUGUGUCUCUGCUGUGCCUAUGCACCCUCUGUUCUGAGAGGGUUGAGUGCUUUCAAAUUACAAACAAAAAAGGGAAAACAAUGUAGAUACACAACAAUCAGAGGCUGGAGCCCCCCAGGAAGUGUGGCUAAAAGAAGAUUCAGAAAUUCAGGGAUCUGUUGCUCAGAAGCCUUUAGGGAGAACCCAGAAAACAAUUAAUGAAAAGAAACAGCUCAAAUCUGGCCCUGUUUUGGACACAUGUAGUAAAUCUGUAAAAUCUUGCUUGCUCAUUUUUAAUUCAUUGUGUGUAUUCCCAUUUUUUAACUUUUAUUUUUUUUUUGCCACAAGGUAGGGAAGAACUUUUCAGUUGGGACAUGUCAGCACCCACCGCUGGCUCGUUUCCACUGGAAGAUGUACCAGAAGCUGUCAGGGUUUUGUGACAUUGUGAUGUUUUCUUUAUCAGCUGUGCAUUUACUUUCUGCUUGCUCUAGUAAAUGUUUUAUUACUGGUACAAAAAUAUACAGCAUGUGCUUUUUGUUCUCCA